AUGGACAUCAAGAACCCACGGCGUAUUCUUGCCAUCGGCGCGCCCGAGGCAGGUGUACUUCCACUGCUGAAAGAGCUCACCGGUUCCGCCCCCGAACCAACGUCCGAAACCACUGCCGGCCUUACGCACGAAUGGCGUCUAGAAACCAAAUACUACACUGCAACCCUUCCUAUUUGGAUCGAUGAGCUCGCCAACGUCGCGGAAUGGCGCACCGAAUUCACCAAGCCCGAAGCUCGCGAAGUCGUCACCGCGCUCGGUGCAUGGAUAUACUGCUUCAAGAAGCCAGUCGAAACAAAGGAUCUAGAUAUGAUCAAAGAGACCAUGCAGGCCGUAUCCGAUGUCAUCGAGCGUGCAUGUGGCUACGGCGGCGACAUGGUGUGUCUGGCUGUUGCGAUGCCGCAAUCCAUCACGCCCUACCUUGAGAAGAGUCAUGAAGAAUGGGAAGAGCUCGCCAUGGACUAUGGUUUUGAAUACGUCGACUCUGAGAAGAAGGGGAAAAACGAGUUUGGGGAGGCGACAGGGGUACACCGAGUUCGGGAAGCGCUCGAGGCUGGGGAAUGGGAGAGCAUGGCAGAUCUGGACAUGGGCGGCGACGAAGACGGCUUCGAAGGCAGUUUUGCAGCAGAAGAGGCGGAGAUGAACAUGGAGCUGUUUGGCAUGAAAGGUGCGCUGGCUGGGUUUGACGACGAUGAAGGUCAGGAAUCAGGGGACAAAGAGGUUGAAGAGCUGGAGGUGAUGAUGCAGAAAAUGGUUGCUAUCAAGGAGAUGGGCGAGGGCAUGGAAGAGGCCGAGCGAAAACGUUUCGCUGCGAAAGCAGUGAACGAUCUGCUAAAAGAUUAUUGA